CGGACGGCGGCAGCCCAGGCCGCCCAAAAGUAGCCGGGGUGGAUGGUGUCGGAGGAUCUCCCGCAUCCCCGAUGCAUCAGCGAUGCGGCGCGAGUCGGAGCCCGACUCUUCCACGGCGCCGAUGCACAGGCGAUGCGGUGAGGUCUCUCGAGCCAGCCUGCUGCUCCAGCCUCAUGUGGGCGGCCUCCAUUGGUUAUCCCCCUUCUCCGCACAAUGGCAGCAGGCUCAAGAGAUCUCCGGGUACUCGCGAGAUUCUAGCGCCCCGUUGUUGCAGCCUCUUGCUCCGCAAUGAAGACUUUCCAGGUGACGGCUGCCGUGGCUGUGUUGCUGGCCGGCGGACUCCCUGCCCAGGCAGCGGCUGAUAGCCAGAACCCAUUGGGCAAGGUGGUGGAGUUGCUCGAUUCAUUGUAUGCCAAGGUGGCGUCCGAGGGCGACGCCGAGCAAAAGGCCUUCGUGGAGUACACCAAUUGGUGCGACGACGCAGCGAGCAACAAGCGCAACGAGAUCACCACCGGCGAGAGGAAGCAGGGCGACCUCGAGGCCUCCAUCGGCAAGCUGACAAGCGACAUCGCCGUGUCCGAGGGCAAGAUCGAGGAGCUUGUCGCGAGCAUCGCAACGCAGACCAAGGACCUGACCGACGCCACGGCCAUCAGGAAGAAAGAGGCCUCCGAGUUCGCUGCAAACGAGGCCGAGCUCAUGGACUCGAUCGACACGCUGGGCAGGGCCAUCAGCAUCAUCUCGAAGGAGAUGGCGAAGAACCCCGCGGCGUUCGCCCAGGUGGACACCUCGAGCUUUAAGAACCUGAUGAAGGGCCUCACGGCCGUCAUGGAGGCGGCGUCGUUCACCGCGGCCAGCAAGCAGACGCUGACGGCGCUCGUGCAGGCCAGCCAGGCCUCCGAAAGCGAAGAGGACCCGAUGGGCGCGCCCGCGGCGACCGUGUACAAGACGCAUUCAACCGAUAUCUUGGAUCUGCUCGAGGACAUCAAGGAGAAGGCCGAGGAGGACCUGGCGGCCCUGCGCAAGGCUGAGACGAACACCAAGCAGAAUUUCGAGAUGUUGGAGCAGUCGCUCACCGACGCGAACACGAACGACAACAAGGACAUGGUCGACGAGAAGGCGGCGAAGUCGGCCGCGGAGGAGGAGAAGGCGUCGAAUGCCAAGGACCUCGAGAUGACGGUCAAGGCCCUCGCCGACGCCAAUGCCGUCCUGGCGAGCAUCAAGAACGACUGCAUGCAGGUGGCGGCGGACCACGAGGCCACCGUGGCCGGCCGCAACGACGAGCUCAAGGCCAUCGCGGACGCGAAGAAGAUCCUCGAGGACACCACCUCCGGGGCCGUGGCGCAGAGCUACAGCCUCGUGCAGCUCUCCUCUGGCCGGUCGCAGCUGCGGACGUCCGUCGACUUGAAGAAGGCAGAGGUCCUCACGGCGGUGCAGCAGUUGGCCAAGAAGUACCACUCGUCGGCCCUCGCGCAGCUGGCGUCGCGCAUGCAGGCGGUGGUGCGCCUCGGGUCUGCUGCCGGCGAAGAUCCCUUCGUGAAGGUGAAGGGCCUGAUCACGGACCUCAUUGCAAAGCUUGAGGCAGAGGCUUCCGCGUCCGCCGAGGAGAAGGCGUACUGCGACGACCAGAUUGCAAAGACCGAGGAGAAAAAGAGCGAGCUCGAAGAGGACAUGGCCGCUCUCACCGCGAAGAUCGACAAGGCCGCGGCGACGUCCGCUGCCCUGAAGGCGGACGUGAAGGAGCUCCAGGGAGAGCUGGCCGCGCUGGCCAAGCUGCAGUCAGAGAUGGACAAGAUCCGCAGCGAGGAGAACGCCGCGUACAACAAGGCCAAGGCCGACCUCACCCUGGGACUGAAGGGCGUGCGCGACGCGCUCUCCGUGCUGAGCGCGUACUACGGCGGCGCCGCGGCCUCGAUGCUGCAGGGCGGCGAGGGCGCGUGGCAGCCCGCGAAGCCGGUGCUGCAUGCAGCCGCCACGGGCGCCGGGAGCAGCAUCAUCGGCAUCCUCGAGGUCGUGGAGAGCGACUUCGCCAAGAAUCUGGCGCAGGAGGAGGCCGAGGAGGCCGACGCGCAGGCCCUGUACGACAAGACCACACAGGAGAACAAGGUGACCAACACCAUGAAGUCCCAGGACGUGGUGUACAAGACGAAGGAGUUCAAGACCCUCGACAAGAACGUCGCGGACAUGACGAGCGACCACGCAGGGAAAGACACCCAGCUCAAGGCCGUGCUGGAGUAUUACGCCCAGGUGAAGGACCGCUGCAUCGCGAAGCCUGAGAGCUACGAGGAGCGCAAGGCACGCCGCGAGGCUGAGAUCGCGGGGCUCCAGCAGGCGCUGUCCAUCUUGGAGUCGGAGACCGCCCUGGUGCAGCUCCGCACCAGGAGGCGC